AUGCCUCCCCUGUCCCCCUCAGAAUCUGCCUCUGCCCCAGCUUCACCUUUGCUAGGUGCCGCCUCCCCCCCAAAUGCUGCCGCUGCUGCUCAUCUAUCUGCCACUGCUCCUGCCCCUGCUGAGGUCGCUGUCGUUCUCCCUGCCUCUUCCCUGGCUGCCGCUGCUGUCUUAAAUCCGCUGCCUGCCCUGCCUGCCCGCCCUACUAAUGCUAUGUUAGCUCUUACCCGUCUGCCUCCGGUCCGUAAUACAAUCCUACGCCCAGGCCGCACUUUCCGGUCUGCUGCCCAGUCCGCCAAUACAGAAGCUGCCCUGGCGCAGGCCGUUGGCUCUAUUGCAGUAGUUCAGUGUACACAUUGUAGUAGGAGUUCCGGCAUUUGGGUUGGCUGUGUGGUUGUUGCGGGUUUCCUGUCUGGGAGCUGUGCCAACGGCCACUACGGCAGUGAAGGUGCUCGUCACUAUAAUUGA